UGCUAGUGUAAGUGACUGGACUGGCCCCUGAGUACAGAGACUGAGUUGCAAUUGAGUGAAGAAUAAACAACAAGACCUUGAAGAGCGCACUAAGGUGCAAGCCAGGAUCAGCACUCCAGGGUGGUCAAGCUGACAAGUUGUAAAGGAAACUGUAACAGGACUGAUUGUUGCUUAUUGCUUCCCUCUCUCUGUCAUUGUUGCUUUUUGUUGUUACAUUGCUUUGCGUUGUCUUUCUAAGCCCAGAUGUUCUCAGAUAAUUCACACUGCCCUGAUUGUGGGCAGCAGUGGUUCCCUAGCUUAGAACUAGGGCACUGGUUGUACCAAACUGAACUUGUUGAAAAUGAAUGUUACCAAGUGUUCUUAGACCGUAUUAACAGGGCUGAUUAUUGCCCUGAAUGUUACCCUGACAAUCCUGCUAAUAGAAGCCUUGUUCUGCCUUGGUCUUUCCCACUUGAGUGGGCACCUCAAAAUCUUACCAGGUGGACCUUUGAAAAAGCUUGCCAUCCAUUUCUUCUGGGUCCUCCACUGGUUAGAAAAAAGAUACAUGACUCCAGGGUAGCUGGUUUUAAUCCUGCAUUACAAUUAAUCUUAUCCAGAACAGACAAAACCUUAAACAAGAAACUUGGCCAAAGCAAAUGACUUCUGUAACAGAAUCAUGGAGACUCUCAAGGGCUUUGUGUCCAUGUCAAGGGGAGAAGAGUAAUUAGCUUAUUUCUGUUUUCCUUCUCCUUUUCUUAUUUUUUUUUUUAAGGUGCUGGGGGUUAAAUCUGGGUGCCUUGUGCAUGCUAGGCAAGUGCUCUUCCACUAAGUUAAAACCAAGCCCCCACCCCCCUUUCUAAGGCUGACUCAGACUACAGUCACUACUCUGUCAACUGCUUAAAUUGUUGGGUCUGCUUCUGUGGUCUAUGCAUAUUUUAGCAUAAAUUUAGUUGAUAUUGCAGCCAGAGUAUUUACCUAGAACCAGACUAACCUAUAGCCCCUUUAAAUGCUUUAGAACUACCUGGCUCCUCUGGUUAAUCACCACAACCUAAGUAUUGACAAGAUAAUGUGGUCCUGGAGGGGAGGCCCCGUGUUGUAUACCCCAUUAACUGUUUUUCUAUCAGUACCUAUUAUGAGAACAUGUUCUUGUAGCUGGAUUCUAGAUUCUAAUAAAUUUUAAUACACUACAUUGUUCUAAUUUUCUCCUCUUAUAUUGAUCGAUAAUGAGAGAUGUGUGUAUGUAAACAUAUAUAAACCAUUCUUUGACACUGUUUUAUCUUCAGUGUAAGUAUUACAGUGCUGAUAACUGUCACAUACUAUUCGGCAAUACCUACACAGGUUACAAAAAAAAUGUGUUAAUGCUGCCAGUUUCUGCUUACUUGUCUCUAUAUAACCAAAGACUGUCUUGUCUUAUGGUGACUAAACUCUCCUCCCAUGGAAAUGGAAAAAUAACCUAUGACAAAUGCUAAAGCUUGACUCCAUAUGACUUAAGAACGGUUUAAUGGAUCUUCUGUCUUAGUCAGAAGAAUAUAUUGCUGAACAUUGGCCACAUUCUAGGGUUCUGGUCAUGGAGUCAGAUUUGGAGUUAAGUAACUUAGAAAACACUCCAGGAAACAUCUGAGAAGCCACUGAACAUUUUUAAAAUUCCACUUAAGAUUCUAGGUGGUCCAGUGUGUCAAGGACCCAGGUUCUUCUCUUUGCUCUCUGGUCUUUAUGGUCUCUGUUCUCUGUGGUAGUUUUUAAGUGAGUUCACUAUGGUUCGUUGUGCCGAUAUUUCAGUCACAGCCAGAAGCAGGGGGCACCUGGCUUGCUUUCUUACAAGUCUUAAUUUGGAAAUAAAAUCUUUUUAAACAA